AGUAACACAUUUCACGAUGUCUCGCUUUGCUAUCGUCGUUCUGGCUCAGGCUUGUCUCAUUCAGAUGGCUUUGAGCCAACAGUUUGGCUGCAACCAAAUCUCCUACGGAUCCCCCGGCCUCGUCGAAGUCGAGAAAGUAUGUCUCAGUGCUCCCAGCGUCAGCAUCGGCUACAGUUCACCCAGCAUCAGCGUGAGCGCGCCCGGCUACAGUCAGAGCUACGGCGCGCAGUACGGCGGCGCGGGCACCGGCGCGGUCGGCGUGACCGGCGAGAUCGGCGCGAGCGGCCAGACCGCCGUCGUCGGCUCCGUGCCCGUGCUCGGCACGGUCGAGUUCUGCGGCACCGUGCCCGCGUGUGGCUCCGUGUCCAUUUCCGGACAGUGCGGAUGCGGAUGCAAAGCUUAAUUUU